AUGGACGCGUUCCAGAGCCUCCAGCAAGGCGCUUCGUUCGACACGAAGCGCUUCAAGUCGGACAUCAACCUCUUCAAGAAUGCCAAGAAGAGCGGCGCGAUCGGCAAUGGCGUCGCCAACACCAACAUUGGCGAGCUCGACUUCUUUGGCUGCAACGCCGCGCCUGCGCCGGCGCCCAAGAAGCCGCACCAGCGUGCGCGCACGUCUAGCAUCGAUGUGCCCAAGUGGGCCGGCGGUGGCGAGGCCGAGCCCAAGCGCAAGGAAGGCAGCAAGCAGCGCCGGAAGCGCAAGCUCAGCGAAGACGCACUCGCUGAAGAAAAGGUGGCGCAGGCCGACCGCCUCGCCGCGUCGCGCCUCCUGGCGCCGUCGACCAAGUCCAAGAAGACCAAGCCGGCCAAGCGCGCAGCGCCAUCGUCGUCGUCGUCCAGCGAGAGCAGCUCUGCCGAAGACGAGCAAGACGAGGAUGACGACGAAGAGGCCAGCGACGACGAUGAUGAAGAGAAUGUCAACGUCUUUGGCAACACGGUGACUGCCGAUGAGAGCGCCGCGCCGCGCUCCAACCACGCCGACGACAUCAAGCAGCUCCGGAAGCGACUCAACAUUUCGACGUGGGGCACCAUGGUGCCAGACCCAAUCGUCGAGUUUGCCGACAUGGCCGGUGCCAGCAGUCUUCGGUCGACGCUCCUCGCCAACGUGGAGGCGUCGCAAUACAAGAACCCGACGCCCAUUCAGAUGCAAGCGAUUCCGGCGACGGCUGCGUUUGCGAUUCCGAUGCUCUUGAACUUGGAGUGCCCGCGCCAGGACCAAGGCAUUCGGUCGGUCGUGCUCGUUCCGACGCGCGAACUCGCGGUGCAAAUCCACGCCGAGUUUCAGCGCCUCAGUGCCGGGCGCAAAUUUCACAUUUCGCUGCUCUCCAAGGCCAGUGCGUCGACCAUGGCAUCGCAUGCCAAGAACUGCACGGUCAACUAUGACGUGGUGAUCGCGACGCCGCUGCGCCUCGUGCAUCUCAUUACCGAGAGCGCGUUGGCCCUCGACAAGGUGGACAUGAUCUGCUUGGACGAAGCCGACCGGCUUUUUGAGAUGGGUUUCGUCGAGCAAAUCGACGAGGUGUUUGCGGCGUGCACCAACCCGUCGCUCCAGCGGAUGAUGUUUUCCGCCACCAUGCUCGAGGGUGUCGAAGAAAUGGCCCAGAGCGUGCUCAAGGACCCGAUCAAGGUCGCGAUCGGUGUCAAGAACGCUGGCGCCAACACGAUCAACCAGCGCCUUUUGUUUGUCGGCAAGGAAGAAGGCAAGCUCGUGGCCAUGAAGCAGCUCAUCCAAGAGGGCUUGAAGCUCCCGGUGCUCAUGUUUGUUCAAAACAAAGAUCGUGCCAAGGAGCUCUUCCACGAGCUGGUCUACGACGGUAUCAACGUUGGCGCGAUCCACGCCGACCGUACCAAAGAACAGCGCGACAAGGUCAUCAAGGACUUUCGAACGGGCUCGGUGUGGGUCCUCAUCUGCACGGAUCUCAUGAGCCGCGGUAUUGACUUCAAGGGUGUCAACAUGGUCAUCAACUAUGAUUUCCCUCAGAGUGCCGUGAGCUACAUCCAUCGCAUUGGUCGUACGGGCCGCAAUGGCCGCAAGGGCGAAGCCGUCACGUUCUUCACGGAAAGUGACAUGAUGUAUUUGCGCACGAUUGCCAACGUCAUGAAGCUCUCUGGCUGCGACGUGCCCGAUUGGAUGCUCGCGAUGAAGAAGGCGAGCGUCCGCCAGCGCAAGCAGCUGCUCAAGGCGCCGCCGCAGCGUCACCGCAUCGAAACGGUCUCUGGCUACGAUCUGAAAAAGGCGCACAAGCACAAGCUCAUGAAGCAGCACACGGCCAAGAAGAAGACCAGCAGCGCGGACAACGAUGCGAAUGAUGCAUAG